AUGAUCAACGACACUCUUGCGUUUGGAGAACUGGACACGAAUGUUUCCGAGCCGCUGCCGCCUCUCUCUCUCAGCCAGAACCACAGUGGGUUCCCUGCGCUCCGGCUGGAGUCCAAGUCUCUGGUCACUUCAGCCACCAUGUUCGCCGUGGGAGUCCUGGGGAACCUGAUCGCCAUAGUUGUGCUGUGUAUCUCCAAAAAAGAACAGAAGGAAACCACUUUCUAUACUCUGGUCUGCGGGAUGGCCAUCACGGACCUGUUGGGUACAUGCUUCACUAGCCCGGUGGUGAUCGCUACGUAUGUGGCCAACCGCUGGCCGGGAGGAGCGCUGCUCUGCCACUUCUUCUCCUUCUCCAUGCUUUUCUUCGGCUCAGCCGGGAUGUCCAUCCUGUGCGCCAUGGCUGUGGAACGAUACUUGGCCAUAAACCAUGCGUAUUUCUAUUCCCAGCACAUAGACCGAACAAUGGCGCGCUUUGCGCUCCUGGUCACCUACCUGGCAAACAUUGUGCUGUGCAUCAUGCCCAGUUUUGGCUUCGGGCAGCACGUCAGUCACUUUCCCGGGACAUGGUGCUUUCUGGACUGGAGGGCGAUAGAUCCAGUCGGAGCCUGCUACUCCUUCCUGUACGGCGGGGUGAUGCUGGUGCUGAUCGCAGUGACAGUUUUAUGUAAUGUGGCGGUGUGCAAGUCGCUGGUGGGGAUGAACCAGAAGACAGGAAUAGUUAGGACGGAGUUGUCUGAGCAAGGGGGGUCACGUCGCCGCUUCCCCCGGCUGCCUUCAGUCACCUCAGCGGCGGAAAUCCAAAUGUUCUGGCUUCUGAUCUUCAUGACCAUCGUUUUCCUGGUCUGCUCCAUCCCUUUAGUGGUGCGAAUCUUUGUGAACCAGCUAUACGACCCUGCUUAUAUUUCUGCUGGGGGGAAGCCUGACUACCGGAGCGACCUGUUGGCGAUCCGCUUCGCUUCAUUCAAUCCCAUAUUAGACCCCUGGGUGUACAUUUUGUGCCGGAAGAACCUGUUACUGAAGGGCUGUCAGAAGCUAAAGAGGACAGUGGCUCUGGUUAAGGAUGCUCGUGGUGACAACAUUGGCUGGGUAGGAGGUCAACACUCCCCUCCUUCUUUAAACAGCAAUGACACCAGUUACGCGUCAUUACGCACAGCCAGCUACAGGAACGACGUGGAACACCGGGUGCCCAUCAAGAACAAAUCCUUCACGGAUUUCGCAAUGAGGCAAGCAUGGGAGUACGACACCGCCCGGGUCAACUUUCACCCGUUCAGCGUCGAGUCGACCGCGAUCCUCGGCUGUGAGGAGGAAGUAGGAGCCAACUCCAAAGAGGAGGUGGCGGCCAAGUCUCCAGGACGCAGCGCGACGCCGCUCCUCUCUGCGCACGUUAGAAGAGUGGACACUGUCACCUGCACGUUCAGCACACCGAGUUCAUGUCAGUCAGAGAAAUGCCUUUGA